AUGUCAGGCUUUGAUAGGAUGUGUAGUAAGGGCUCAUGGCGGGGAUAUUUCCAGAGUGUUUGCCCCGUGCUCGGCAAGUUGUUGGUCAAUGUUGACAUUGUGAAAUACCUUGUAUACCGGCCAGGUGAACUCACCACCAUGGCAAUGUCAUUCCUCAGGCUGAGGGACAUCUGGGCACUCAAGAGAAUGAGCCCCGUGGACCUCCACCAUCUCAAGAGCUUCCUUAAAAAGAACAUCAAUGUCAUGACCAUGGCAUCUUGGGUCUGGAGGGGCCUUGUGAUCAGCAAUCUCAUGGACAAUGGUGGUGGCUAUGAGUUUGAGAAGGGUGGGGUAAGAACAGCAGUUCAAGUAUAUGGUAUAGAAUCAGUGGGUCUGUUCCAUAUACCCAUCCCGCCUUAUCCUUGUUAG